UUGAUGUGACUCACAUCUCUUUCUCCCCAUUCUUCGUCCUGGUGACGCUGGCUCUUCGCUUACUUUCUAUUCUGUAUCUCGAGUCUUUUUGCUACCAUGGGACUUGUACGGGGUUUUAUGGACCUUUUCGACACGUCUGGUUCUGGCUAUGCUCGUACCAAGGACCUCAACCUAGAAGCGCUUGUAAAGAGACUAGAGGGGAAGACUCAGUGUCUGUGCGGAACAUUAAUUCCUGCUGGUCAAACUGAACACUACAGAAUCUACACUGCCGCCAUGGAAAUUCACAAGAAAGUGCUUGUCCGCGUUUAUUGGCCCACCGCGACGAAUGCCCGAGGAACCGUUAAGUAUCCAGGUGAGAUGAUUUGCUCUGAGGCGGCAACAUUGCGAUUCCUGAAAUGCAAAAAUCUUUCCAUACCGGUUCCGACACCGAUUUGCUACGAUGAUGAUCUGGACGGCCGUGUCGGCGGAGCGUGGAUCGUAACGUCCUUCGUCAAGGGAGACAUCCUUGCCAACAGGAUACACGAUCUCACCCAGACGGACCUACAGAACCUUCGUACAGCACUGGAGCAUGUAUAUAUCAAAAUACUUCAAACCACUGGCACUGAGUUCGCCGCGAUAGGAAGCAUUCGAGACGAGGCGAAUCCUCUCGUGCACCGCCAAUGCGGUUACACUAUGGGGUCAAUGAUGUUUUGUCCCUCGGAUACUACUCCCUUGCUCUGCCUUGAAGGUAGCGGUCCAUUUUCUUCGGCGCGUGACUGGUUACUGGCGGUGAUGGAUCAUCGGAGGGAAGGCAAUCUUGGAGAUGUCCGAGAACAACCUGAGCGCCACGAAGAGAAUCGAGUCAUGGUACUCAAUGCGGUGAAAGAAUACGACAGGGUCCCACUUACAAGUCUUGUGCUUGAACACGUCAACUUCGGACCAUCGAAUAUCCUUGUCGACCCUGGCGAUCCGACGAAGAUUGUUGGUAUCUUAGGAUGGGCUGGGGCGCGUGUUGUGCCGUUUUGGGGCUUGGAAUUUUUUUCGAAUGAGAAAGAGUGGUCGGAUUGUGGGUUGGUGUUCCGACAUGCGGUCAUGAGGCGUUUUUCAGAUGGGACCUGGUAUGAUGAGGACCUACUGGCGGUAGCAUGGUACGCAAGGAAGUGGCAUCUGCUGAAGGAUAUGGACGGAGUACUGCCGCUCCGUUAUAAUUGAAGAAACAACCAACAUGGGCUGAUAGUUUCAUCACUCUUAGCCAGCUAUAGCAUCGGCUGCCAAUGAUGUGUAGCAUCCCAUAAUAAACCCAG